UCUCGCGAUGCCUUGAUUGCUAUGGCGUAUCAGGAAGGGGAGUCGCUUGAAUCCUGGCUCAAUAAAGCCACCCAUCCAACUAACAGACAAGAGGACUGGGAGUACAUCAUUGGCUUCUGUGACCAAGUCAACAAAGAACUUGAAGGCCCCCAAAUUGCAAUACCAUUACUAGUCCACAAAAUCCACUCACCACAAGAAUGGGAAGCUCUUCAGGCUCUUACAGUGUUAGAGGCGUGCAUGAAAAACUGCGGGAGGAGGUUUCAUAAUGAAGUUGGAAAAUAUCGAUUUUUAAACGAGUUGAUUAAAGUCGUGUCUCCAAAGUACAUGGGCGACAGCGCACCCGAGAAGGCAAAGACAAAGAUUGUAGAAAUGCUGUACAGCUGGACCGUGGCGUUCCCUAAUGAGCCCAAGAUAAACGAAGCCUACCAAACACUGAGAAGACAAGGGCUGGUGACCCGGGACCCAGAAUUGCCGCUGGACCGGACUUUGAUUCCCUCUCCGCCCACACGGCCCAAGCACCCUGUGUUUGACAACGAAGACAUGGGGAAGCUCCUUACUGAGCUUCUCCGGAGCAAAAAUCCUGAAGACCUCCAGGAGGCCAACAGGUUAAUCAAAAAUAUGGUUAAGGAGGACGAGGUGCGGGUGCAGAAGGCAUCAAAACGCUGCAACACGCUGGAGGAGGUAAACAUCAACGUCAAGCUCUUGUCCGAGAUGCUGUCCCACUACGACAAAGAUUCCUCGUCAGAGUCUGACAAGGAGAUUAUGAAGGAACUGUAUGACCGUUGUGAUAAGCUGAGGCGGGCCGCUUUCAAAAUGGCCACAGAGGCUGAGGACAACGACACCAGUUUAGGUGACAUCCUGCAGGCCAGCGAUGACCUCUCCAGAGUCAUCAACGCCUACAAGAGAAUUGUUGAGGGCUUGCCCAUCAAUGGAGACAGCCUGGAGCCUCGUGGACAUAACGACUCGCCAGAGACGACAGACACACUCGUGGACCUGGCCGGCGGCGCUGACCCGCCGAGCCCUCCUCAACCCGCAGUCCCCGCGCUGCUCUCCGGCGAUCUGUCAGACAUCUUGGGAGACUCGUCCUUCCCCGCCCUGCCGCCGCCUCCUAAACAGCCGACGGGCUCUCCGGCCCGUCAGGGCAGCGGUCCGGCUCACCCUCCGCCUGACUUCGCCUCCGACGCGCUCUCGCUUCUUGAUCUGGAGCUGCUGUCGUUAGGACUAAAAGAUGAGGACCCCGCAUUAGCGGGCAACCAACCCAAACCAAAGCUGAACGAAGCGACCAAUCAAUGGAGUUCUUUGCAGGCCCCUGCAUCGAGUACAGAUUUGUUUGGGAGCGCUCUAUGCCCGGCUCCACUCUUACCCCCGGCAGAACCUGACUUGACCUCACUCCAGAAUCUUCAAGACUUGGCUAUGAUGGGCUUCCCCGAUCACAAAAGUCAUAUGAUGAUGGGAAGCAAUUUCAGGGCGCCGCCAGUCGUUCCUCCCCCUGCAGGCGUGUCGAGCUCCCCCUCUCCAGCAUCUCUCCUUCAAACCGUUCUGCCCAGCUCGCCUGCUCUGACCCACACCAAGGCCCAGAACCUGGCCUCCAUCCCGGGCAGCCCGCUGUUCCACCCGCUCUCCCCAGCCCACGCCGCCGCUCAGGGAAGCCCUGCCAGAGCGGCGCAGAUAUCCCUGAGCAAUGUUCACGUUCCUCUGGAGGCCAUCAGACCCAGUAAAGUGCUGCCGGUCACCGCCUACGACAAGGACGGCGUUCGGGUUCUGUUCAACUUUGCCUCCGACUCUCCCCCCGGCAGGCUCGACGUGUUAGUCAUGGUGGUGUCCAUGCUUAACACGGCACCACUCCCUGUGCACGGGGUGGUACUGCAAGCUGCUGUACCAAAGUCAAUGAAGGUGAAGCUGCAGCCUCCUUCGGGAACAGAACUGGCUGCGUUCAACCCCAUCCUGCCCCCGGCCUCCAUCACACAGAUCAUGCUGCUGGCCAAUCCAAUGAAGGAGAAGGUUCGCCUGCGUUACAAACUGGCAUUCACACUUGGGGGUGUACUGUGCAACGAGGUGGGGGAAGUGGACCAGUUCCCCCCGCCCGAGGCAUGGGGACACCUAUAAACACAAAACUCCAGACAACUAUCAUCACUCCAUUAAUACAGUUGAAACAAUUUAACAUUUUAGUUUUUUUUCUUCUUACUAAAACAAAAAUGUCAUAUGUCUCCUCUGACAGGAAUAUCCAAGUUAAUGUUUACACCUGUAAUGACAAAAAUCAUGAUAAAUUAAAUCUUAAUGGGGAUAAACCUAUGCGUACAUUUUCAGAAUUUGUAACUAGAAAAUCCAUCUGGCAAAUGUGUCAGAUCUCCAGUAUUUUAGCAUUUAUUUGUAUUUAUUCACUGUUCGCACAGUGUCACCGUUUUAGUAAAUUUUUUUGUUUAACAAAGAUUUUGCGAUGUCACUGUAGAAGGAUUCAUUUCUAACAACCAAAAGACUUGAGUGUAGCGCAGCUUCUAUUUCAUUUGACGUUAUUCAUUGAUUAUCAUUUUUCUUCAACUAGUAUCGGGGAGGACAAAACCAGCCGCAGCAUAUUCAGAUCGACAUUAUCAUUCGAAAGGAGUUGAUAAGCUUGGUCUGGCAAAGGUUGUGCUUUGUUGCCAUCUAUGAGCAAUUCUAAGCCUUCACUUUAGCAGGCGUUCACGAUACUUGCCGUAUGUUUAACUGUCAGUUAACACCGAACCUUGACAAUGUGAAAUAAAAUAUAUGGACAUAAACGAAAGUAAAUAUUUGGCAGUGGAAUUGCGUCAUGGUGACGACUCCGCAAAGCCUCGUUUGCAUCUGAGAUGUGCAGAAGCGCGUGUUAAAUGUACAUAAAUCAAAUCUACUGUAUUGUCAUUUGUGAAUAUGUGACAUGUUUUACAUUUGUACAUUCAGUUUGUUUGCAGCAUGAAAUAAAUAUUUGUGUGUGAGUGGAA